CAACCGGUCUCUGGCAGCCCAUGACCAGCAGGCUACCGACGGCCUCCGUGCGCAUGUGCUAUCCAACGGACGCGGCGUACAACGAACAGUUGACCGCGCUGCGCAACGACAGCGCGACGUUUGCGUCGCGCCUCUUCGUGUCCCUUGCCGUAACCGCCCCGAGUGCGCGCACGCUCCGUUCUGCAUCGAUACACAACAUCUCCCCAACAACACGAUCGUCAACGCCCUUGCGGAACGCUUCGCAACCGGGCAAAACUACAUUUACAUGCAACCCAGCGAAUAUGCCAGUUUCACUAAAACGCUCGUGGCAGCAUCUGUUGAAAAGGUGUUGGGUGAAGACGAGUUCGUUGAGGACGUCGAGAUGGACAGGUUGGUCAGGGAAAUGUCGGCUGUUUUCCUGUUUAAUACCACCACCACCAAAAACUUUACGGCGGAUAUGUGGGCAGCCACGUACUGGCCGACGGAGCGCCCCGAUAUCAAGGUACGUCGGUUGGACAGCAUUCUCGGCACGAAUCGUAUCUGGGUGCGGCAGAUGGUUCCGUACCGGUUCGACUUUCCAGCUCCCCGUCCGUUACGGGAAGCGUUACGUGCGGCGAGCAACAAUUACGAAAUGUACGUCAGCGAUGAGGAUUUUAAAGUUCACCUGAACCCGAGGCCCGUGUAUCGUGUCAAUCUGGAAGUCCUUCGUCAAGAUACGCCGAUAUGCAACGGACAUAUUUCGUUCACAAGCAGGAAUUCCGGUUAUACCGGUACGAUACCGGCGAGUGUCAGCGGAAAAAUUGUGUUUGAUGAUGGAACCACUCUAUAAUUGGAACUCUUGCGGAGUUUACCGACUCCCGCUUCCAUGAUAUCAGAAUUAAUAUCAGUGAAGUGAAAUAUGAAAUUUAGGCCGAUGACCUUGUUGC